AUGUCGAGUCUUCUGCCACCUGAUGAAUGGUCUGAAGCCAUCGGAAACAGCCUUGACAGCCCCUCCCUGUUGCCACGUGAACCCCCGCAGCUUGACAGAUCGCCUCUGAAAGGCAAAAGGUACCGGCAUGGCUCCCUUGCAGACCUUGUUUCCCGUCGCAAUCUUCCACCCGGGCCAAGGGACUUAGGAGAGCUUCUCAACUACCCGCUGGCUGUGGUGCAGGUGCUUUUCUCUGAUACCAACCGAGCCCAUCGUUGUCUCGCCUUGCUCUCCCAGGGUCUGACCGAUCAUUCUGAUUAUUCAGGCAUUGGGGCCGAGCGUGAAGCUAAGCGACUUCUACUUCAGGUUUUAGCUGAGCAGUACUCUGUGAGUGUGGACUAUGAGUACACGAAGUCGUGUGACAUUGAUCCAUGUUGCCAGCAAGUCCUGUGCCACAUGUCUGCUUGUCUGGACAACAAUGCGUCUUGCGUCUUUGCUGAUAUUCGAGAUCAGAUUCCUGAGGAAGGUCGGGGCUUCUGCUCGGAGCUGGAGCCAAAUCCCGGAGACACUUGGUUGUCUCGUGAGGAAGUAGAAAAGCACUACAGCGACAUCAAAGCCUUUCUGUUGAAGAACAGUGAGAGGCUGGUGAACGAGGACCGGGAUCCCGAUCACCGAGCAUACUGCCUGGUGCAUGACAGAGACUGUGUGGUCAACAAGCCACGCUCUGCCCUUCGAAAUCCGGAGUCGCUUGUGAUCGCGAAUGCCGGGAACUGUUGCCAAGGCUGGAGUUCCGAGGGAAAGCGAGCAAGGGGUGCGCACCUGUCCCAGGUUCCACUAGCGAUGUGGGUAUGCCAGCGCAAAGCACUUGCUGCAAAGGGUCAAGAGGACAUGUUCUUCCAAGAGUGUACUCCGUUGUUUGAUAUUGAGGAGCAUCUGAUAGGCCCCCUUGAGUCCUCGCAUCGGGUUGUGCAAGUGGUGGCAGGGCCACGGCUUCUAGGGUGGCCAGCUUCGCGAGAUCGCCGCCUCUCCGCGGGGCUUAGCCUGGAGUCGCUUGUGUGGGUAGGGCCCACCACAGCAGAAGGAGUCCAGGCAGAUUUUGAGAGUUUGUUCGCACGGCGCCCGGAGCUCAAUGGCAGCAUCUUCCUCCAGGAGGAUGAAGGAGUGGUGACUGAUUGGUGCUUGGAACAGAUGCACAAGAAAAGGUCCCGCUUCUGUGACGAGAUCCCUGAAGGCAAGGAUCUUUUGCGUGCUCUUCUUCCGCCAGGCCAACUGCAGCGGGCAGAGCAGUAUGAUAGAGAGAAGAGCAACCAUGCAGCCUUGGAUGGAACAAUGUUCUGUGAUGUUGAGCACUGGUUGAAUAGCCCGGGACCUCAUUGUGGGCCUAUGCUCCCGUGCUUGCUCACCCAUGGCACGCUUGUGGAGUUGAGCAGGUACAGAUUUGAGUCACAGGAGUCACAACGCCGUUCAAGCAGCAACCGGGGUCGUGGCAGUGGCAGUGGUCAUGAAUCUAGUGACAAGAUUCCUCGCUAUGGUAACUUGGCGAGAAGUUUCUAUGCCCUCCUUGAAUGCCUCCCGAAGCAAGCCCUUCCUGACGACCCGCCCCGUGGGCAAUUCCAGUAUACAUUGCGCUGGUCAGAGAAGGUUAGCAUCAAGUGUGACUUACGUGGAAGUUUCCAAGUGCAGCAUGAGUUCAAGCAGAAGAAAUUCUCCUUCAAUGGGGUGGGGGAUGCUGUUGAGAAGUUCAAGCAAGCCAGCAGGCUGGCAAACGUGUGGAAGUCGUGCCCUCCUUGGGCUCCCGUAGAGCGUCAUUUGUUUGAGGAAAGGGCCUUUGAAGCAAGAGGUCUCCUAGCUUUGGAGGACGCACCACGGCCACCAACCGCUGCUGCUGAUGUUGAUGCUGACGGGUCUGAAUCUGACUCAGAUUCUGACUCCAGUCCCUCUUUUGUCCCAGUCCCGUCAUCACCGCCAAGGCGUUUGCACAGGCUUGCAGCCCGUGCAGAGAUCGACAUCGACACUGAUUGUGACGGUCUUCGUGAUGAUGAAGUUGAUGCAGUUGCUGGGGAGGCGUCCUCCGCGAGACGAAGGAUGACAGCUUCAGCCAGCAACGGCAGCAGCAGCCGUCCAUGUGUUCCUGCGACACAGGCCAAACCGUCUCGCAAGCGCACACAUGACAUGUGCUAG